ACGAACUUACAGGAAUUUGGUCCUAAGUGUUAUUCAGAAGUGUUUCUUUAAGAACGUGUAUCACAUGACUCCCAUAUAGACAUUCAACAUGGCGUCCUUCUGGACACCAAUGUUUUGUUUGCGCACUGGACUGUGGAGUAUUGUUUUUUAUUCAAUUUACUGUCAUUUCAAAAUCGUUCUUGCAAAUGAAGUGGAUAAUUGUGAAGAUCUACACAUUGGACAGUAUCUUUGUAAAGAGCCAAGGAUAGACGAUGCUACUCAAGAACCAGAGGGUUGCAAGGACAUGAUUGCUUGGGUGGAAUGCCUACCCGCUCCCAAUGUCAGCUGUCGCCUGUCUAAUGGAUCAGAAGUCAGAUUCAGUGGAGAAGAAGUGGGGUUUAACAAAACCAUCCCCUGCAGGAAUGUGAGCGGUUAUUCUUAUAAAGUUGCAGUGGCCCUGUCCCUGUUUCUAGGGUGGCUGGGAGCUGAUCGCUUCUAUCUUGGUUACCCAGCUCUAGGGCUGCUUAAAUUCUGCACAGUGGGGUUCUGUGGGAUUGGAAGCCUGCUGGACUUCAUGCUGAUCUCUAUGCAGAUCGUGGGUCCUUCGGACGGGUCCAACUACAUAGUGGACUUCUACGGUGCCCGUCUAACGCACCUCUCCAUCACCAACGAAACCUACAGGAAGACCCAGACCCAGCAGUCUCCGUGAGGGUGGCUAGCAGAACUGCAACCUGUUCUUCCUUCGUUACUAUAGAAACACCAAGAUCAAUCAGGUCCUCAGAAUCCUUUCUGUAAAUACAGCCGCUCUCUUCAGACCUGCUCACCUCUGCUGUAGCUCACAACCCUCUGGAGUUCAGCUCUGUCUGCAUGUCAUCUCACCGCAGGACCUGCUCCAUUGAACUUCCAUCAUUUGUUCACCUGACGGUGAAGCAUAAAGAGACACUCCUACUCUGUCAUGUUCACCCUGCCAAUUCAAACAACAACAAUUGUUUCAUUCAACCAAAAUACAAAUCUUCAUUUUGAUUUCUGUUUGUAGUGAGAACGUUUUUAUACUUUGUUUCAGCCCUUCACCCUGUGUUCAUAAUUCACCACCAACUACAGUAUGCACUGAGAACUGGUGAGGGGUGUUGUGUAAUUUAUUGUAAAUUGGAAUAUGCUAUAGCAUGCCCUUACGAACAGAAAGUGGCUGUGUUUGUUGAACUGUUGUUCCAUUAAUUCUGCUUUUUGUAUAUACACACAUCAGUCGCUAACUAAGUUGUUGCUACUGUUUUGAAAAUGAAUUACUGUUCAUUAAUAAAAAGUCGAUGGCAUUUUUUCCCCUG